CCGUCACUCACCGCUCUUCGUCGUCUUCUUCUCAGACCAGCGGCGGGUAUCUUAACCUCCUCCCCACCCCGACCAACCCCGCUCCCUCGCUUUGCAUCGGUCUCCUGUUGCUUUGAUUUUGCGUCAUUUCUUUUUGAGGUGUCUGAACGGGGCUUGACCGUGAAGCUCUUCGUGCAGAUUUAAAAAUGACAGACUCCAAGUACUUCACGACCACCAAAAAAGGUGAGAUCUUUGAGCUGAAGGCUGACCUCAACAGCGACAAGAAGGAGAAAAAGAAGGAGGCUGUGAAGAAGGUGAUUGCCUCCAUGACGGUGGGCAAGGACGUCAGUGCGUUGUUCCCGGACGUGGUGAAUUGCAUGCAGACGGAUAACCUGGAGCUGAAGAAACUUGUUUACCUGUACCUAAUGAACUAUGCGAAAAACCAGCCUGACAUGGCCAUUAUGGCCGUCAACACCUUCGUCAAGGACUGCGAAGACCCGAACCCGCUGAUCCGCGCGCUGGCCGUGCGCACCAUGGGCUGCAUCCGCGUCGACAAGAUCACCGAGUACCUGUGCGAGCCGCUGCGCAAGUGCCUCAAGGACGAGGACCCGUACGUGCGCAAGACGGCCGCCGUGUGCGUGGCCAAGCUCCACGACAUCAACGCGCAGCUCGUGGAGGAUCAGGGAUUCCUGGACACACUCAAGGAUCUCAUCUCCGACUCCAACCCCAUGGUGGUUGCGAAUGCCGUGGCGGCGUUGUCGGAGAUCAGCGAGUCGCACCCCAACAGCCAGCUCCUGGACCUGAACCCGCAGACUAUCAACAAGCUGAUGACGGCACUCAACGAGUGCACCGAGUGGGGACAGAUAUUCAUCCUUGACUCGCUCGCCAACUACAUGCCCAAGGAUGAGCGCGAGGCGCAGAGCGUGUGCGAGCGUGUGACUCCUCGCCUCUCGCACGCCAACUCGGGAGUGGUGCUGUCGGCCGUCAAGGUGCUCAUGAAGUUCAUGGAGGUGCUGCCCAAGGACUCGGAGUACCACAGCACGCUGCUCAAGAAGCUAGCGCCCCCGCUCGUUACGCUACUGUCGGCUGAGCCCGAGCUGCAGUACGUGGCGCUGCGCAACAUCAACCUUAUCGUCCAGAAGAGGCCGGACAUCUUGAAGCACGAGAUCAAGGUGUUCUUCGUAAAGUACAACGACCCAAUCUACGUGAAGCUGGAGAAGUUGGACAUCAUGAUCCGCCUCGCCUCCCAGGCCAACAUCGCGCAGGUGCUCGCUGAGCUGAAGGAGUAUGCCACGGAGGUGGACGUGGACUUUGUUCGCAAGGCCGUGCGUGCCAUCGGCAGGUGCGCCAUUAAAGUGGAGCCGUCGGCCGAGCGAUGCGUGAGCACGUUACUCGACCUGAUCCAGACCAAGGUCAACUACGUCGUGCAGGAGGCCGUGGUGGUCAUCAAGGACAUCUUCCGCAAGUACCCCAAUAAGUACGAGAGCAUCAUCGCCACGCUGUGCGAGAACCUGGACUCGCUGGAUGAGCCGGAGGCGCGCGCCGCCAUGAUCUGGAUCGUGGGCGAGUACGCGGAGCGCAUCGACAACGCCGACGAGCUGCUGGAGUCCUUCCUCGAGGGUUUCCACGACGAGAGCACGCAGGUGCAGUUGUCGUUGCUGACGGCCAUUGUGAAGCUGUUCCUCAAGAAGCCGACGGAGACGCAGGAACUGGUGCAGCAGGUGCUGAGCCUGGCCACUCAGGACUCGGACAACCCAGACCUGCGCGACCGUGGCUACAUCUACUGGCGCCUGCUGUCCACGGAUCCCGUGGCCGCCAAGGAGGUGGUGCUGGCGGAGAAGCCGCUCAUCUCGGAGGAGACGGAUCUGCUGGAGCCCACGCUGCUCGAGGAGCUCAUUUGCCACAUCUCGUCGCUCGCUUCCGUAUACCACAAGCCGCCCAGCGCCUUCGUGGAGGGCAGCCGCGGCACGCAGGCCCGCCGCCUGCUGCCCGCGCGCUCCGCAUCGAGCGAGAGCGUGGAGAGCCCCGAGCUGUCGGCGCAGGCGGCGCACGGCCUGGCGCAGGCGUCGCAGCAGCCUCAGCAGCAGCAGGUGAUCCCGUCCCAGAGCGACCUCCUGGGCGACCUCCUCAACCUCGACCUGGGCCCUCCGGUCACCGUGCCGUCCGGCCCGCCUGCCAUGCAGAUGGGUGCCUACGACCUGCUCGGGGGAGGGCUCGACAGCCUGAUGGGCGAGGAGAGCGAAGGGCUUGGCGGGGACAUGGGAGGCACUCCUGCCAUGAGCGGAGGGAUGGGGGGUCCUGCUGUGAUGCCUGCAUCUCUGGCCGCCCCCGUUGGAGGAGGGCUCGGAGACCUGUUUGAUCUCGCGGGCGGAAUCGGCAUGCCGACCGGCACAUACGUGCCCCCUAAAACCGACCGUUAUGGAUCCUUCGAGAAAAGUCUCGUGAAUAUGUGGCUGCCAGCCGUGAAGGCCAAGGGCCUGGAGAUCCAGGGCACCUUCUCACGCCGCCAGAGCCAGAUCUACAUGGAGCUGUCCUUCACCAACAAGGCCCUGCAGGCCAUGACCGACUUUGCCAUCCAGCUCAACAAGAACAGCUUUGGCGUGGUGCCAGCCUCUCCCCUGCAGGUCCACGCGCCCCUCAUGCCCAACCAAUCCAUCGACGUGUCGCUCCCCCUCAACACGCUGGGCCCCGUCAUGAAGAUGGAUCCCCUGAACAACCUGCAGGUGGCUGUGAAGAACAACAUUGACGUGUUCUACUUCAGCUGCUUGGUGCCGCUCAGCGUCCUGUUUGUGGAGGAUGGCAAAAUGGACCGGCAAGUAUUCCUAGCGACAUGGAAGGACAUACCGAAUGAGAACGAGCUGCAAUUUCAGAUCAAGGACUGCCAACUUGGCGCAGACUCGGUAUCCAGCAAGCUGCAGAACAACAACGUGUUCACCAUCGCCAAGAGGAAUGUAGAGGGCCAGGACAUGCUGUACCAGUCGCUGAAGCUCACCAACGGCAUCUGGGUGCUCGCAGAGCUGCGCAUACAGCCCGGCAACCCCAACUACACGCUCUCGUUGAAGUGCAGGGCACCCGAAGUGUCUCAGUACAUCAGCCAGGCCUACGACACGGUGCUCAAGAGCUGAGUCUCGAGCGCAUCGUGACCGUGCAACCCUGGCCAGUCGUCGUUGUCGUCCUGCCCUCCUCCACCCCCGCAAACUCCACAACCUCCUCUACCCCCCCCCCCCCCAAAGACUCUCCCCACCUCGUUCACCAUUCCAGCGCUUCAGCGUCGUCGUGUCUCGCCCCCCCUCCCCUCGCACGCAACACAGAGGGGGGCGCUGCCCGCAGCUCGUCAGCACCCACCCCAUGCCCCCCCCCCUCCACGCUUCUCCAUACGGAGCACGGUGGGGGGGGGGGAUAGGGACGAGCGAGGGCGCCGCCGUGAGGGUAGGGGGGCUCCUGCAGCACACUCCGCCCGCCCCCUGCCCCUGUGACGUUAAGCUCCUGUAAAGUAAACUUUGGUGUUUUCGGUUAUAAAUGUGAAGCACUUUGGAAAUGUUGUGCUCCCGUCAGGGCCGUGAACGGUGUGUAUAUGUGUGUGUGUACGUGUGGAAUGCUGGACCCAGUCGCUCCUCUCCCUCACGCAUGCUUGCUCUUGCUCCUUGCCCCCCCCCCCACCACCAUGCCUGCCUUUCCGGGGCCGGGUCCACACCUUGGCGAUCGCGCAGCUAAAUCUCUCUGGCAAAUGUCGUGCAACAUCUGGUGCCGCUGUGGCCUAUGUUGCCGCCUCGGCCGCCGCCGCCACUCUCUGUCCGCGUCUGAGCGAGCGGUUGCGCAACUGAGGAAAUUCGAAUCGGAAUCUUAACUUGGAGGAAUCCAGUGAGCUCUGAAGCUCCUUUUCACAGAUGUCCAGUUUGAAGCGGCGGCCCGUCGCUACAAAUCGGCGAGCGGAUCGAUGGCUCAAAGUCAAUUCUGGUCGUCAACCGUGAGCAGCAAGCGGUCUGCGCGACAGCUCGCAAUUUGUUGCGGAGACGUCCACGUGCGAGCGAUUUUCAGUCACGUGCCACCAAGGUGGUUGAUCGCUCAGGCGGGGACCUGGCUUGGUCUCACAACUGGACCCCUUUUCCGGUGACCUUUGUCCCCCCCCCCCCCCCCCCGCUGGAGGCUUCUCGCGUACCUGCGUCGCAACCCCUAACUGGAGGGGUCUGUUGUAUAAAAAAAAAACAUGCAAGUGGAAUUAUCCGACGAUUUGUUCUCUUUAUCAGCAUCAUUAUCAACCAUCUUUCCACUGCCGGAUCAAGGCCUCCCUCUCUACGUGUACAAGUUAAACGGGAACAAAGAUACGCGUGCGGUGUUUCUGUGCAACAGGCCGCAACCGCCCGAUUGCAUCUCACCACGCCAAUCCACUUUUCUCCCGCCUAACCGCACCACACCUAACGUCACUGCAGUAGAGCCAAACAAACCGCAAUGCAAUCGCUUUGCACCCUGGCGUACCUUCGCCGGUCUCACCGUGCGUUGUGCCCCCCCACCUCCCCUAUCGAGCGUCGCUCUUGCCUAGCCUGUAGCCGCAGUUACACCCUCCCGCAUAUCCUCCCCCCUCGCCUCCCUCACUGUACCUUCACGCAUCAAGCACCGUCUCGGCCGUAAGCGGCAUAUUGCGCACGUAACCUUGAACCCGCCGCAUGCAUUCGUGUCUCGCAUGCCCACCCCUACCGCCUUCAAACCCACCCACAGUCUGACCGCUCCACGCCACGUUUCCCCUGCACCGAACCUCGGCACACCGAGAGCCCUCUUGCAGCGCGUGCUGCAUUGCGUAUAACCGCGGAACACCUCCCCGAGGAGCUCCCACCUCGCCUAACGUCGCCUUCACCGACACGCUUUGCAACUCUCGGCCCUCCACCCCACAUUUUACACACCUCGCCUCACUCAGCCCCAACUCCACCACCUCGAUUUACCCCACAGUGCUGCCGGCUGGCGGAACCAGUCGGUACGCGGAGGUGCGCCGCUCGCCUGUGAACGUACGCGCACACGCGCGGAGAUUGCGCGUGUUCGUGAAAUUACAAUCAGUAUAUCACGUAGAGUACGGAAUGUCGCGGAGGGAAAGUCACGGAGGUGACGACGCCCCAUGCUACAGUGUUGCCGUCCACCCAUGAUCGUAAUCGUCGUCGUCAACACCGGCGUCGUGGUUGUGUUGGAUGCUGUUCUCUAUUUGGUGGGUGCUCCGACACGGAAACGUCUUUUUUUUGUUUGUUAUUAUAUGAGUACACACUUUAAUUUGUUUUUGUCCUGCCUGAAAUCAAUUGUCAUCUGUUGAGAAUAUUUUAUCAUGAUUCCCACCGAUGCAGCGAUUGUGAGUGCGUGUGUGGCUGGCCCGUGUAAAUGAAAAUGACUUAAUUACCUCUCUCAUCCAAUUCGCUCCCUAUUCCAUCCACGAUGGCUCGCCGAUUCGUCUCCUCCGCGGCUGUUAGCUUUCAGACGCGCGCUAUUAAUAAAGGUGAAACGUGAAGAUAUUUGUAUCACCUUACUAUGACUUACAACAACAACAAGCGCACUAUUACCCGUUACACUAACAUUUGUUACUCGUAGGCCAUCAAUGCUGUUGUACAAUUAGCUUGAUGCUAAAUCACUGUAUAUUAAAUGUGUCAAUAUUA